AUGAUCGCGUACAAGCGCGCGGUCGACCAAGCCGGCGCCAGCUUCGCCGGCCACGUCGUUGAGUGGGUCGACAUGCGCAAGAAUGAAGAAGCAGAUGCGCUAGCCAGACUCGGGUCCAAGCGACUCCAACCUCCUCCAGGCGUCUUCCUCGAUAUCCUCAGCCACCCCUCGGUGCGCGCACCUCCCGAGCGGGACAUCGCCGAGCCUCCUGCGCCCGACUCCAUCCUAGUCGCACUCGCCUCCGAUAGCGAUGACUGGACGGAGCCAUACCUAAGCUACCUCGAACGCCAGGUGCUGCCAAUGGAUGAAACGGAGGCACGAGCGAUCGUACUCAGGUGCAAGUAUUUCACCAUUAUCAACAACGAGUUAUACAAGCGCAGCGUCUCGGGGGUAUUCCAGCGGUGCGUCGGCACCGACGAAGGACGCAAGAUCCUGCGCGACAUCCACGCAGGGGACUGCAGCCACCAUGCAGGCGCGCGCUCAAUCGUCGCCACCUUCCGGCGUGGCUUCUAUUGGCCAACAGCCCACGAAGACGCAGUCGCGCUCGUCCGCUCGUGCGCCGGAUGCCAAAAAUAUGCAAGCCAGUCGCACAUGCCGGGAUCAGCACUGAAGACCAUCCCCCUCACCUGGCCGUUCGCCGUCUGGGGCCUGGACAUGGUAGGGAAAUUCAAAACAGCCCCCGGCGGGUACACUCACCUCUUAGUCGCGGUGGACAAAUUCACCAAAUGGGUAGAAGCAAAACCCAUCAAGAAGUGCGACGGAAAGACAACCACCAAGUUCCUACGGGAGAUGGCCGAUUUCUGCGAGGACAAAGGCAUCCGACUCGAGCUCGCAUCGGUCGCACACCCCGAGUCAGACGGCCAAGCGGAAAGAGCAAACCAGAGCAUCCUCCACUGA